UAUUUUAUUUCAACUCACUUUACAUGUUGCGUUUAUAUUUUUGUUCAGUGUAAUUUAUCGAUAGGGUCCAUGUGACAUUUUAGCUAACAUUUCAUCACAGCUACAGUAUCAAUGCCGAUACAACAACCGUCAUAUGUUGUUUGGCUUUAAAAUGUUCUAACAUGGGCUUUAAUGUGGAUUGUGGAGAAACUGGGACAUCAUCGGGUUCACACGGAGCCACUGCAUGUUUGUCAUCAUGCGCACGGCGGCAUCACACCAGCGGCUUCCCCUCCAUCGUCCUCCUGUAAAAUUCGGGUCGGGAACACCCCUCCCCCCGAUUACCCUCUGCAAACCGCAAGCCAAGGACACCAACAACGUCUCCAGGGCAACGAGGAAACAAUUACGAAUAAAGGUUAUACAUUGUAACUACUCUCAGGGGAUGGUGGCUUCCGGCUAUGCAAAAGAUUACCCAUUGAUACAAAGUAUCACAUUUACAGUAUGGCUGCCUACCUUUCUCUGCCAUGAGUGUGAAAGAUGUAACAGUUUCACGCAGUUUCCUGUAUCAUGCAUGUCACUUGUGCAACGCCAAUUUGUUUUACAUUCAAUUACUAUUCGCUCCGUGGAAGAAGGCUACAGAAAUAUAUAUGCGUUUUGUUAACGUUGAGUUAGAGCGGAUGCUAAGGCUAAUUAGGCUACAUGUUGCUAUAGGCUAUGUAUAGGCUAUCUUGUUGAGUCGGCUCUCGUCUCUGUAGCGCGCCCUCCCUCCCUACAUUCUACAGCUCUAAAACUUUCCUGUCUCAAAAAGAUUUCCUCCCUGUUUUUUUUACUUCCUGUUUUCUACGGGAGUCACAUAGUACAAUUUCCUUUCAUUUCAACUUUUCCCCUCUUCUGUAUGUUCACCCUUUUCUUUUUAUUUAUUCGCGCGCUACAUGGUUUCUCACAAGUUUUGUCGAACACACGCCCAGAAUCUUCUCUUUUUGCGGAAGACUUGGAAAUGCAGAACUCGUUCAACUUCGGUCCCGAUGGAUUUUACGUAGAUUGUUUUUGUUUUGAUGUAGUCCUUUUUCUAUAACAAUUUUUUUCUAUGGUGUUUUCUUCGUAAUGCCACUCUGGAAGUAGUUGCCCAAACUAAGGUCCUUUCUACAAAGUAACAAACUAGCAUGUCGACAGCUAACUCAUUAGCUAUUAGCUAGCUAAUUUGGCAAUUUUAUUCGCUUCAACAACGGUUGUUGUUGCGCUUUCAUUUAUCCCUCUCUGGAAGUUAUAAUGGCCCAAUUCCAGCGCCCGACACUGUGUUGCUGCCGCAAAGUGCUCACAGUGCCUAGCAAGUCGUGUGAAGGCGGCCAAGGUCUGGGUCAGUGUCGCCUUGUCGACAUCGCCUCUGCGUCCAACUUCCACUGCUUCAAGCUUCGCCACUUCCAUCUCGACCUCCGCCUCAACUUUGCCGUAAAGGAGAUCACUGGGUGGCAAGUCCUGGAACUGGUGGCUAUCCAACCAGGAGUGCAGACUUUGGUUUUGGACACUCACCCAUCCUUGCUAAUUCAUUCCAUAGACUGCAAGGUGCCUGGCACCACCGGUGCCCAGGACAUUUCCCCGUCGCUCACGUACCGGGUAGACCCAUUCACAGACUAUGGAUCCUCGCUGAAUAUCAGCCUCCCAGCCUCUGUGAUACGGCUGCAUCGGGCUUUCCAGAUCACCGUUCGCUACACCACGACAGACGGUCCAGCGAUCUGGUGGCUGGACGCAGAGCUGACGUGUGGUCAGACGCGCCCGCUAGUCUUCACUCAGGGCCACUCUGUCUGCAACCGCUCCUUCUUCCCCUGCUUCGACACACCCGCUGUCAAGAGCACCUACACCGCUACUGUCAGGGUGCCGGAGGGUGUGACGGUGUUGAUGAGUGCCUCCCGUAGUGCCUACUCCAAGCAGGACAGGGUGUUCCAGUUCUCCAUGGAGUACCCCGUCCCAGCCUACCUGGUGGCCCUGGUGGCAGGGGACCUGCAGCAUGUUGACAUCGGCCCCAGGAGCCGGGUGUGGGCAGAGCCGUGUAUACUGACCUGUGCUGUGAGCAAGCUAGGAGGUAGCGUGGAGCGCUGGCUGAACGUGGCCGAGGACCUUUUCGGACCCUAUGUGUGGGGAAGGUACGACAUAGUGUUCCUGCCUCCGUCGUUCCCCAUCGUGGCCAUGGAGAACCCCUGCCUCACCUUCAUCAUCUCCUCCAUCCUGGAGAGCCGGGAGUUCCUGCUGAUCGACGUCAUCCAUGAGAUCGCCCACGGCUGGUUCGGCAACGCAGUCACCAACGCCACCUGGGAAGAGAUGUGGCUGAGCGAGGGACUGGCCACCUACGCACAGAGACGCAUCACUACCGAGGCCUACGGUGAGGCCUUCACCUGUCUGGAGACUGUGUUCCGUCUAGACGCCCUGCACAGACAGAUGCGUCUCCUAGGAGACAACAACCCUGUCAGCAAGCUGCAGGUCAAAUUUGAGCCAGGUAUUAAUCCCAGUAGUCUGAUGAACUUGUUCACUUACGAAAAAGGCUUUUGCUUUGUCUCGUACCUCUCUCAACUCUGUGGCAAUGUCAAGCGCUUCGACAGCUUCCUGAGGGCCUACAUAGAACAGUUUAAGUUCAGCAGUGUUGUGGCCCAGGACCUGCUCGAUUUCUUCCUGGGCUUCUUCCCGGAGCUAAAGGAGAGCUGUGUGGCCCAGAGAGAGGGGUUGGAGUUUGAGCGGUGGCUGAACGGUUGUGGCCCCCCCCUGUGUGAACCGGACCUCUCGGCUGGUGGGGUUCUGACCGGUCCCGUCCAGAGUCUGUGUGACCUGUGGGCCAGCGAACCCCCGGACCCUGAGGCCAUCGCAAACUUUAACCUCUCCUCUUGGAGCACCUUCCAGACUGUUCUCUUCCUGGACCGACUGCUGGACCGCUCGCCCCUCUCACACGAGGUUAUGGGUCAGUUGUCACGCUGCUACUCGGCCCAGCUGGAUGAGAUGAACGCCGAGGUGCGGAUCCGCUGGCUGCAGAUCGUGGUGCGGAACAGCUUCUACCCUGACCUGCCCCGCAUCCGCGGCUUCCUGCACAAACACACGUCGAGGAUGUACACGGUGCCACUAUACGAGGACCUUUGUUCCGGGGUGAUGAAGUGCUUUGCGGCCGAGGUUUUCUACCAGACACAGGCCCGCCUCCACCCCAACCUCCGACGGACACUCCAGCAGAUCCUGUUCCAGACCAGCGCCUUACCCACCACCACCUCUGUCCCCUCCCUGCUACACCCCACCCCCUCGUCCCCCAGCCCCACCCCCAGGGGCCAACCAGGGCCUGCCGACCCCCCCACUACUGGUACUAUCGCACUACGUGACGUCAACGUGUCUGCCUGAGAGGCCCAGAGAAGAGAGACAUACAUACACUGUGAGAGACAUAGAGAGAGGGGGCGGGGCGGGGGGUGGGGGGGCAUGUUGAAAAAGGUGAAGAACUGGAAGACUUGAAAUGACUGCAGUGUCAGCCAGCCAUCAUCCGUGCUUGACUGAGACUGACGGGGAGUGAUGAAGGACCAGUGGGUUCAUACACAUGCACACACACAUGCACACGCAGUUACACACAUAUGCACACUAUGUGUGUGUAAAUGCGUAUUUAUAUAUUGAGUCUGAUUUUUGUAAGCUAACCUUUGAAGCCUCUCUGGGAAGGACAAUGCUGUGUGUGUGUGUGUGUGUGUGUGUGUGUGUGUGUGUGUGUGUGCGCGCGUGCGUAUGCGCUUUAUGAAUGGAGGUAGCCAUCUAUUGACUGUUUGCACACAUGUCGUGGAAUAGAUCAAAUACAUCGAACGGCUGGGGGUCCCUGAGGAGAGGUUUGAGAACCGCUGCCAUAGGGCUAUGGUCAAAAGUAGUGCACUACAUAGGAAUGGCACUAUGGACCCAAGGGCCCAUAGCAUUUGGGACGCAACCUCCGUAUGCUCCGUUCAACACUACACACUUUAACCUUGCCUUUUAAUAAUUACAAUCCAUUAUUUCCACAUUUGGAAUAUGCAACAGGAAGGCUUAUCCAGGAAUGGAAGUGGAAUUCCCCCCCUCACUCUCUUCCCUUUACACCUGGGCUGUGUCUCAGUAGUCUAAACAUCCUUCCUCGCCUCGUCUCCUUGCCUUCAUCUGCACUUAUCUGAAAUUAUUGAAGAUUUACUGAAAUGAAAGUCCAGUCGGCUCAAUGAUGGAUUGGGCUUAUUUUACAGUUUAGCUUUUACUUAUCAACUCUCUUAAGUAGGGAAGGAUGGUAGGCCUACUACUGUACACUAUUGAGACGCAGCCCCAUAGUGCAAAACCCUCUCCCGUAGGGUUGUCGGUGAGAAGGGAGAGGGUAAGGCCACACAUGUGCCUUCAAACUGGAGCUCUGCUAUUCAUCUGGGUAGCGUUCAGUCAUGUAACGUGCAUUCACCUACCCAGGUGGCGUGACCUUCCGAUGGGAAUAUAUUGAACAGACAUGCUUCUUUGUCCUGAAGAAUAGGGAUUCGUUGUCGGCUAUAUAGAAGCCAUUUCUUAUGUUGAGAUCGAACGUGGCACCCUCCUGAAAGCAACCCUUGUCAACAGUGACAGUGUCAGCCUUCUGGACUUCUCUUGUUCAGGCUUUCUUGCCAUUUCCAAAGCUAUAGAUAAUUUCGAUUCUGUGAUUGACUAAAGAGGGGAGGGUGUGUGUUUGGGGGGGGGGGGGAUGUCAAUGACGUAUUAAUGAAUGGCUGGGCUGAAAUGUUAACAAUUAUUUUGUACACAUUCUGUUUAAACGUUUCCUCCCAACAUUAUUAUUUAUGAAUUGUGAACGGGCUGUACUUCUCAGCAUAGCAAUGUGAGGGGCAGAAUGUUUGUGUUUUGAUGAUUACAUGAGAUUACAUGGUUAAACGGUGACUGCACUGGCAUUCUUCAGCUAUCCUCUGAUGCCUUACUUAAUAAUGUACAGUAUUGUUACUGUACAACACAGAGGGGAUAGACUAGCAGGUUUGUCUCCAAUGUUUUACAAGUCAUAAAAAAGCCUUGACACUCAA